GCGGGCUUCGUGAAUAACGGUAAUUAAUGCAGCCGGUAGGAGGCGCUUAUGCGAACGGGAAAAAGAAAGAAAAAACACUGGUGUACUUUCGCCUCAGCUGAAAAGUGACAACUUUACUACAUGUGAGAAGAAAUCUGUGUUUUCUGCACUGUUAGACGAAGCCAAUGGACCAAAUAAAUAACAACAACGAAGAUCCGAAACCGACUCCAGUUCUAAAUUGUGUUGUUGUAGAUCCAGGAGGACAAGAGCCAGAUGAUUUACCAGCAGAGAAGGUGUUUGGUCGACAGCUGAGUGAACCAGGACGUUUUGCCUAUGCUGGAUUAUGUGGCGUGUCUCUGGGUCAGCUGUUUCAUGAACCUGAGCAAAAAUGUUUCCGUGAGAAGUAUCUGGAGAGUCUGGUACGAUGGCUGAAUCUCGAUGAGUCUGUCAUGCCGGUAAUGCAGGCCUUUUUGGCAGGGCUUGGGUUUGAAGGUACUGACACCUUCCUGUCUAUCAUAAACGCAGAGCCGCUGCUCAGAGGCGGAGCCUUUCCUAUCACUCAGGAUCUUGUGUCAUUCUCUGUCAAAGAUGGACAUUACGAUGCGAGAGCUCGGGUUCUGAUCCGACACGUCAGGUGUCUCCUGCGCGUCUCCCAGCAGCAGCUGGAAUAUUUUGAAGAGACACUUGGAGAGAAAUUGAGAGAGGCAGAGGAGGAGAGCGAAGAAGAAUCAUCUAGAAGGCAAAAGAAGGAGAGGGGUCGUAAAUUGCGACGCUAUCUGCUGAUUGGUCUAGCCACUGUGGGUGGAGGAACCGUGAUUGGUGUGACGGGGGGGUUGGCGGCUCCUCUGGUGGCCGCCGGGGCCGGGGCCGUGCUGGGUGCCGGCGGAGCGGCUGCUUUAGGAUCAGCCACAGGCAUCGCCAUCAUGGCUUCUCUGUUUGGAGCCGCUGGAGCUGGAUUAACAGGUUAUAAAAUGAACAAGCGUGUUGGUGCUAUAGAAGAGUUUGAGUUUCUGCCAUUGAGUUCAGGGAAGCAUCUUCAUGUCACUAUAGCUGUGACCGGAUGGCUCUGCACUGGCAAAUACAGCUCAUUUCAGGCUCCGUGGUCCAGUCUGGGAGCGUGUGGCGAGCAAUACUGUCUGAAAUGGGAAUCUCGCUACUUAUUAGACCUGGGCUCAAUUCUGGACUCAUUAUGGGAUGGACUCGUCAGUGUCGUGGCUCAGGAAGCCCUCAAAUACACGGUGCUCUCAGGCAUAGUGACGGCUCUAACAUGGCCUGCCUCUCUGCUGGCUGUAGCCAGUGUGAUCGACAACCCCUGGGGCGUUUGCCUGAGCCGCUCGGCAGCCGUGGGGAAACAUCUCGCCCAGGUUCUGCGGAGCAGACAGCAGGGAAAGCGACCCGUCAGUCUAAUUGGGUUUAGUCUCGGAGCACGUGUCAUCUACUUCUGCCUGGAGGAGCUCGCUAAUGAUCAAGGUAGUGAAGGUGUGGUGGAAGAUGUGGUGCUGCUGGGAGCUCCUGUGGAUGGUUCGGAGAAAGCUUGGCGGAGGCUGUCCAAGGUCGUGGCUGGAAAGAUUGUCAACGGAUAUUGCAGAGGGGAUUGGCUUCUUGGUUACCUGUACAGAAGUUCAUCUGUCCAGUUGUGUGUCGCCGGCCUCCAGCCAAUCAAUUCACAAGGCCGCAAAAUAAUUAACGUGGAUCUGUCGUCAGUGGUGAAAGGACAUCUGGACUACAUGCGUCAGAUGGACACAAUCCUCGUGGCAGUGGGUAUUCCCACUAGAGAAGAAGCAGGAGCCAGGAGCGGCCAAUCCCAGCUGGAUAUUUUAAUUCAGGAAAAGCCAGACACACCGGGGUCUGUCCCAGAAGAAGUCAAAGAGGAGCCGUCUAUUGACACUUCAAACAGAGACUCAACAGAGACCAGUUUAAGUGAAAGCAUAAACCACACUGGAGAAAAGGGGCGGGGCAAGAGGACUGACUCUGAGAGUGGUUGGGAUAUUCCUGAUAUAUCACACUUACUAGACUCUCUUAAUGACUGUGAUGACGUCUCCGACCCCUGUCAGAGGAUCGAUCGCUCAACGUGUGCCUUGGGAGCCGAGGAUGGUUUUGAAGAAAAACACCAGAGCACAAGUUGCCCAGACAGUGACACAGACUGUGAGCGCUCGUCCUGGGACUGGGACGACACACACUGGACUAUAGAUGCUCAAACACAAGCCAACGAUCACACAGUGAAGCACAGGACCAAUUAGCCAAUGGCAAACCUGCAUGUUCUGAGCCAUGAGCAAUGACGUCAUGACAAUUCCAAUAUUCUCACAGAAUACAGUUUGCGUCUAGAUGGUAAACCUUGAUGUGCAAAACUUUUGUGAGAUUUCUUUUUGCUGCUACUGAGAUCAGAGGAGUUAUUGUGGAACUUGAAAUAAACAAAGUGUAUAAUUUAGGGCUGUCGCAAAAUUUUUGGUUUUACUAUAAGGUUAUCGUGGCAAAAAGAUUCACCAAAACAAUAUUAGUGCAAUAUCUACUGAAGUGAAAACAGAACUAUGUUUUAAAAAAAAUCAUAGUUUUUUUAUUAGUUAGUUGUUGUUUUUUUGAGUUAUUGUUACUUAAUCAAAACAACCACACUGCAGUUUGACUGAUAUUA